AAACCCUAAUUCCAUAUAUCUUUCUUUCUUCAGUUUUCCUCACUGAAUUCAAGCUCAGUGUUCUUUCCAUGUUUACGUGACGUGGCUUCGAUCGGAUCUCAUUACAUUUUCUUCCUUUUGACAUUUUAAUGCAUUCUGGAAAUUAAAAUUUUCCUGUUUGCUCCACGGGAAUUGUAUGAAACUUGGAAAUGACAAAUGGGUAGAGAUUUUUGGACGCGGAUUUCAAAAAGAAUGGGUUGUGGGAUUCAGCUAAACGUUCUUAGGAACGAAAUGGGCGGCCGCUUAAUUGUGGGAGAUUCUUGGAGUGAAUUUUCUUGAUUUUUUGUUGCAGGCGAUCGUAUUAAUCUAUUGGUUGUGGAAUAUCGAUGUUAGGAGAAUUUGCAACGGCCAAUCAUUCCCAGUGGAUCAAUUCAGACAUAUCCGGGAAUUCGGGAAUUUUCCGUUACUGCAUGCCCUUGGGCUGCUUCUGAACUGUUAAUUCAUAGUUGUGUAUCGGUUUUUGAGCAUCACAUUGAACUACUUGUUUAAGUACAGUCUUGAUGGGUUCAUGAUGAACAAACUGAGCUUUUUUUCUUGAUCAUGUCAGUGAGAAGGUAACGCCAUUUGGCGAAUGAAAUGCACGUUAUCAAGUAACAUAAAUAGAAGCUUCCAUAUCAUGACAGAAUUUGAAAUUUGGUGGUUUUAAAUCUAUUUGUCAAAACAGUUUCACGAUUUGGACAUGAGAAGACCCUGGCAUAAUAAAUUGUCAAUAAAUUUUGGCGCCAGACCGCUGGGGAGCUGGUUAGUCUUGUGCCUAAUGAGCCUGGUUGCACUAAUUUUUGUCCUGAGUUCAUCUUCUUCAAAUUAUAUUGAACCAGCACAUCACUUUCCUGUGUCUUCCAUUUAUUCAAACUAUAGAAGGAUAAAAGAGCAAGUAGCAGUUGAUUAUUUGGAGUUAAGUGCAGUGACAUUGGGUGCCACCAGGGAAGAAAUCGGCUUUUGUGGAAAGGAAAGAGAAAAUUUUGUGCCUUGCUACAAUGUUUCGGCAAACUUACUAGAGGGCUUCGGAGCAGGUGAGGAGUUUGAUCGGCAUUGUGAAUUUUCAAGAGAGGCUGAGAGAUGUCUGGUUCGAACUCCUAAGGACUAUAAGAUUCCCCUGAGAUGGCCAGCUGGUAGGGAUGUUAUAUGGAGUGGAAAUGUGAAGAUAUCCAAAGACCAAUUUCUUUCAUCUGGAAGUUUGACCAAAAGGUUGAUGCUAUUAGAGGAGAAUCAAAUUGCUUUUCAUUCGGAUGAUGGCUUGAUCUUUGGCGGUGUGAAAGACUACUCUCGUCAGCUGGCAGAGAUGAUAGGGCUAGGAAGUGACACUGAGUUUUCUCAAGCUGGUAUCCGGACCAUACUAGACAUUGAUUGUGGAUUUGGUAGCUUUGGAGCUCAUUUAGCCACAUUGAAUCUCAUGGCAAUUUGUAUUGCUGCUUAUGAGGCAACUGGCAGCCAGGUUCAAUUGACCCUUGAGAGGGGUCUUCCUGCAGUGAUUGGCAACUUUAUUACAAGACAGCUUCCAUAUCCUUUGUUAUCAUUUGAUAUGAUUCACUGUGCUCAGAGUGGUAUCAUGUGGGACCAAAAAGAUGGUCUACUCCUUAUAGAGGUUGACCGUGUUCUUAAACCUGGAGGAUACUUUGUUUUAACUUCACCCACAAGCAGGCCAAUGGGAAGUUCAUCACAGGUAAACCUGAAAAAGAGAAUCAUGUUGAACGCAAUGGAAGGGCUGACCCAAAAAAUCUGUUGGACUCUUCUAGCUCAGCAGGAUGAGACUUUUAUCUGGCAGAAGACUGCUGAUACUAAAUGCUAUACAUCACGCAAGCAGGACUCUAUACCACUUUGUAAAGAAGGGGAUGCUGCUCAGUCAUAUUAUAAGCCUUUGGUGCCAUGUAUAAGCGGGACCUCUAGCAAGCGCUGGAUACCAAUACAGAACAGAUCUGGAUCUGGAUCUGGAUUGAGUGUGGCUGAGCUUAGACUUCAUGGAGUUCAGCCUGCAGAUUUCUAUCAAGACAUGCAAUUUUGGAGAUCAGCUAUCAGCAACUUUUGGUCUUUGCUUACACCCUUAAUUUUCUCCGACCAUCCAAAAAGGCCAGGAGAUGAAGAUCCUCUGCCUCCAUUUAACAUGAUACGCAAUGUGAUGGACAUGAGUGCUAAAUAUGGGGGCUUGAAUCAUGCUCUCCUGGAGCGAAGAAAAUCAGUGUGGGUAAUGAACGUUGUUCCUGUCCAGGCUUCUAAUACACUUCCUCUUAUACUGGAUAGAGGUUUUGCCGGCGUUCUUCAUGACUGGUGCGAGCCUUUCCCAACCUACCCCCGGACAUAUGAUAUGCUUCAUGCAAAUGGACUUCUCUCUCAUCUAGCUUCAGAGAGUUGCAGUAUGAAAGACUUAUUUGUGGAGAUGGAUAGAAUACUGCGUCCAGAGGGUUGGAUCAUUCUUUCUGAUAACAAGGGAGCUAUAGAGAUGGCCCGCACGGUUGCAACGCAGGUGCGCUGGGAAGGAAGGGUGAUUGACCUUCAGGAUGGCAGUGAAUUGCAGUUGCUUGUUUGCCAGAAACCAUUUGUGAAAAAAUGAUUGAUUGAGCGCCAGUACGUUUCACCAUGGCAGAAGAACCCAAUAUCUUUUUUGCUCUGAGGAUGGAUUGUUUGGUCGGCACAGCAAAUGUAUAUAGCACCCGGAGCCUUGAUGUGUUCACCCUUGUCCACAACUGGAUCAGGAAUGAGGAUGACAAGUUCUUUGCAAGCUAGCAACAGAUUUUUUAUUUUUUAUUUUUUCAAAGCCUUUUGUUGUAAUUCAUUCAUCCAAUAUGUUUUAGCGAUUUCUUCUGUAUGAUUUAUUCAUUGGUCACCACUGGACUUGAGGCAUCUUCCAAACAAGCACUAAUUUUUUAUGAAGAAAUCUGAUUGGUCUGAGAGUUCAGGAAUGAAAUUUUGAUAUUGCAACUCUGAAAUAUUCGUUCAACA